AUUUAGGGAUGCCAGGGGGAAAGAAGGUGGUCCCGAGUGGCAGCAGCGGUGCCUCCCCGAAUGCAGCCGCCGCCAGCGCUGCUGCUGCUGCCGCCUCCCACUCUGGCAUUAAACGUUUGGAGACCAACGAAGGGGCCUCAGCACAGAGAGACGAGGAACCAGAGGAGGAAGGGGAAGAGGACCUACGAGAUGGAGGUGUCCCUUUCUUCGUCAACCGAGGUGGACUGCCAGUGGACGAAGCCACCUGGGAAAGGAUGUGGAAGCAUGUGGCCAAGAUCCACCCGGAUGGAGAGAAGGUGGCCCUGCGGAUCCGUGGGGCCACGGACCUUCCCAAGAUUCCCAUACCAAGUGUGCCUACUUUCCAGCCGACGACGCCCAUCCCCGAGCGCCUGGAAGCCGUGCAGCGCUACAUCAGGGAGCUGCAGUACAAUCACACGGGGACACAGUUCUUUGAAAUUAAGAAGAGCAGACCUCUGACAGGGCUGAUGGACCUGGCCAAGGAAAUGACCAAAGAGGCUCUGCCAAUCAAAUGCCUGGAAGCUGUGAUCCUGGGAAUUUACCUCACCAACAGCAUGCCCACCCUGGAACGUUUCCCCAUCAGCUUCAAGACCUAUUUCUCAGGGAACUACUUCCGCCACAUUGUGCUGGGGGUGAACUUUGGGGGCCGCUAUGGAGCCCUGGGCAUGAGCCGAAGGGAGGACCUGAUGUAUAAACCUCCAGCCUUCCGCACACUCAGUGAGCUUGUGCUGGACUAUGAGGCGGCCUAUGGCCGCUGCUGGCAUGUGCUGAAGAAGGUAAAGCUGGGCCAGUGCGUAUCCCACGACCCCCACAGCGUGGAACAGAUUGAAUGGAAGCACUCGGUGCUGGACGUGGAGCGGCUGGGUCGGGAAGAUUUCCGCAAGGAGCUGGAGCGGCAUGCCCGAGACAUGCGUCUCAAGAUUGGCAAGGGGACAGGCCCUCCCUCUCCCACCAAGGACCGGAAGAAGGAUGUUUCUUCUCCACAGAGAGCCCAGUCCAGCCCGCACCGCAGGAACAGCCGCAGUGAGAGACGGCCGUCAGGGGAGAAGAAGCCUGCAGAGCCCAAAGCCAUGCCAGACCUCAAUGGGUACCAGAUCCGGGUGUGAGGCUGCUGCCAGCACCCCCAGGCCUCCUCUGCUUCUGGAGGCCCUGACCUACCUGCAGGAAAGAAUCUACUUCCUUCGGGCAGGGGCUGGUGAUUGGGUGGGCUAGGGGGUGGGAGGCAGGAAGGAUGCCUUGCAGAUCAGCCCCAGGUGACUUCCCCUCUCACGGAGCCAAGCCCCUAACCUUGGGCCCAAGAAGCAGUUAGUAUUUCAUUUGGAGUUUUAACCCUACAACUGAAGUUUAAGGUAUUUGGAGGGAAAGGCACGUGGAUAUGCUGGUAGCUGGCAAGGCUUGCUCUCUCUGCGCACUCUGUGGCUUGGGGAGGAGGGCUUGCUGGCUCUGUAGUGCUCCAAUCAGCAGUGAUGAGGUUGGCGAGCCUCGCCAGUCUGUGGGGUGAGGGUAGGGUGGGGUCGGGAUGGAGAAUCAUGACCCAGGGAAAGGGAAGCAGGGUAGGGGUCCCCCUGAGAAAGGUCCAUGUAGUCCUCAAAUCAGGAACGUGGCAGAGGACACAUCUGUUUAAGGUGGAAGCCUAUGAUCCAGGAGAGCCCUCGGGUCAGCGUGACUCUUUAGACAGCACUGUGCCCCUCCCAACACAUACACAGGCACACACACACACACACACACACACACACACACACACUGUCACCAUAGCCAGUGUAUGAUUAAGCUCUAGGCAGACAAGGAGAGGACUGUUCAGGGAAGAGUUCCUGGCCCCUAGCACACUAGACUGGUUCAGUCUAGACUCUUGCUGCAGCCUGGGGACUCCUUGCAGAAGGGCUGGACUUUGUAGAGCGCCCAGAACUGCACUGAGGAUACCAUGACCUUGAGAAACUGGCUGGGGCUGGGGUAGGUGAGUGGGGGCCUCUAGUUGUGUGAGUGGGCUCUUCUCUCCCAUUCUAAUCGUCUCAGCCCUUGCUGGGGAAACAAGACUAGACCAGGAUGCCUAAACCCAAGGCCCACCUUCCCUUCCUUAGCUGCCCAUUUAGGCUUGGGGUGAUCCCGGAUAGGAAAGUGAGGAGUGGAGCGCAGCUGUCAGGGCUGGGGGAGGAGAGACAGCUCCGGAGUUGGGAGUGUAAGUGAGACAGUGGGGGGCAGUGCAGGAUGGGGCCCUGUGGGGACUGCGUUCCCUGCAGCACAGACAGUGCUUGUCAGGUUGCUGGAGGCUUUAAGUGACGGGAUAGCAGGAUGAGGUGACCGUGAAUGGGCUUUCCUGAGAAGCAGAGUCAGCCAGAGCAGCUGCCACGUGGCUGCAGAGGGUAGAGGGCUUGGUUAAGAGCAACCGAACUCAAAUGCCUGCAGGACCAGCAGAUGAGGAAGAGUUCUGGGUGGGACUGUGUCCAGGAAAGAGCACACCCUGUUAAAGUGGGCUGCUAUGUUCUGCUGUUCCCACAGGGCAGACCCUAUGUGGUAGUUUUUUUUUGGGGGGGGGGGUGUGUGCUUUGGUUUGUUUGUUUGUUUUUUUAAGGCCAGGGCUCUGAAUUAGAACAUGAAUGGUAAUUUUUUAAAAAUUAACAAUCCGUUCAAGAAAUGAUCGCUAUAGGUGAGAAUAACCGGCCUCUCGGGUAGAGAGCUUGGACUGGUUGUGGGGAGACUCCUGGGUGCUGUGCGUGGAAAAGUGGCGGUUUUAAGUUUCCCAGAGGCAGAAAGGGCCUGCUUCCUAUGUCAUCCCCCUUACCCCACCCUACAGAGACCAUGCGUGUGGUUGCUGGCUCACAGAGGGGGUACAAUGGGAUAGAACGGUGAAGCUUGUGCCUGCCAGGAAAUGGAUGGUGGCUGGAAGUAGGAGGGGGAGGGAGGAGAGGAGGAAGAGGGAGAGAGGGAAGGGGAGGAGGGAUGCCUUUGCUGCUGACCUGUAUCACACAGAGGCUAGCUGCCCAUCACACCAGCAACUCCUAGACCCAGAGACAAGCCCGUGGAACCCAGCACAAGGAGCCAUGGGGGGGGGGUGGCUGCUUUGUCCCUUGCCUCCCCUGGUUCCUCCUGGGGUCAGAGGGUCCCUGGGAAGUGCAUAGCCUUCCCCUAGGCUAUACCCCUGGCCAGGCCCAUGGCUGGAGCCCCAAAGGGGCAUAAGACUAUUGGAUCUGCUUCAGAGUUCAGGAAAUAGGGCAGUGGUCCCCAUGUUCCCGUGCCUACUUCAAGGCUGGACAAGAUCUUUUUUGGAUCUGAACAUGGCUGCUUAUCCGUAGCCCUGUAUGUCUCUGGGAACGUCAAGAUGUGACAGAAUAUGAGAGAAAGAGCUGUAAGGGGAUCUGGAGUCAGGUAUGUGGCCCGGGAAAGAAGGGAGCAGGUGGGUGGGGCACUGACUUGUUCUGGGUGUGGGGGAACAGCUGAUGGCCAGUAUGACCCCCCCCCAUGCUGUUCCCCUCUCCUGAGCUAAGGACCUCCGGCCUGUAGAGACUGUCAUGGGCCACCAUGGUGCUUUUUACUUUUUACUCUUUAGUCGUAUGUAGCAAGUCAUCCUCCCCUCGGAGGCCGUUUACACAGGCUGUGCUUUCUGGGGGCUGGCCUGGCUGGAUGGCUUCUGGCAGAGGCAGGGGCAGGGACUUUGGGGCCUUAGUCACCACCCAUGGCAUCACUUCAUCUCACUUCCUGUGAGGGACAGGGAUCUGGCAGGUGUGACCCCAGGCUCCUGGCUCACACCUGCCUUAGCUUCUCGACCCGUCCUUGGGGACUGCUGGCUGAGGAGGGUCAAGGUGAGGGCAGAGGUGUUGUUCAGAACCCUGGGAAGCCGUCUUCAGAGAACCUUCCUCUCUACCCAGCUACCUGCCAGUCCUUUCCCUCCAAAACCUCACAUUCCCAUGCUCUCCUGUUUCCUCAUACCAGCCACCCAUCCUUAGUGGGCAUGGCCAAGUGGGCAGAGCGGCAGGCCCCUGGCCCCAGACUCGAUGAUGAAGCCUAGAGACUGGGUACUGAGGAGCAGACUCAGAAAACAACCAUGGCUGAUGUCUAGUCCUUUCUGUCGUAUCGCGCCCCAUCCCCUUCCAGCUGGGAUGACUUCCGGCUCAAGGGAAUAGGUCUGAUGAUAGCUGUGCAGUGAGUGCCCUGAGGACUGUGUGCGUGUACACCUGGCUAUCCUGCCUGGAAUGAAUUCUGGCUUACCGCAUGCCUGCCCCACCCUGACAUGCUGCCAGUGGUGUUAAGAGUACAAGGAUGUGCAGGUGAGAACCAAGAAGCCAGAGGUGUAAAAGGCCAGGCUAUUCUAGGAGGAGUAGGUGGGAGCUAAGGGUUAACCCUGCCAGAUACCACAGCCUCUCCCCAGCAUCUUGGGGCAGGUGGGGCUGCCACAGGGUUAGCUGCAAGUCCCCUGCUAGGACCCUCUCACUCCGUCCAGCUCAGUGCUUUGGGGUCCCAAGCCUCCUUGUUAAGUCUAAAGAGAAGUCUGGAUAUAGUCGAGCCCUGGGCCCAUGAUGAUGGACAUCCACCCGCUGUGCUUUGUCUGACUGCUGUGUUGUCCUCGAUGUCGUUAUCCGUCUUUGUAUCAGUAUUACCCCUGCCUUUCACCGUGCACUCUGUCUCAUUCCUUUCUUACUUUCUUCCCCGAAAUGAAUAAAGUCUCCCCAGCUCCUCUUGUAUGGGCUGGCAGA